ACCAACAAUAAAACACAACGUCUGUUUCUGGGAGGAAGUGAGGUUUUGAAGGGAGUUUAGAAGCGAAAGAGAAGACGAGUAGAAUUAAAAACUCUUAGAACUAAAAUCACAUUUCAAACUUCAAUUCCCACACGUGUGCUUACUUCGUGUGCGUUCUUCUCCCAUUUCCGUCAUGGCUUCAAUUUCCGGAUCUCAAUCGGGAGGCAAAAUGGUUCGACACCGCCGUACCGCCAGAACCCGUACUCCGUACGACCGACCCGCCCCAUCUCAAUCUCAGUCUCAGCCUCAUAGCCCUAAUUGGCUUUCACGUUUCGUUAUCUCUCCCACUCGUUUCAUUGCCUCUGGUGCCGGAAAGCUCUUGUCCUCUGUUUUGGAUCUUGAAUCUUCUUCCGCUGCCUCGUCUUCUUCGGAAAUUUCUUCCCCCUCCUCGUCUUCUUCUUAUGCUGAUUCGGUUGCUGAGGAAGUUGGUGAUUUUGAUGAUGAAAGUUACGUCCCUUUAGAAGACGAAGUUCCGUUCAAUGAGGGUGGGACAUCAGAACCUAUUAAUUUAUCUGCGAAGGAGCUCCAGCCAUUAGUUGUUAAUAGCAAAAGCAAGCAUAACAUCGAGCAGCUACUUAUGCAGGAGUCAUUCUCAAGGGAAGAAGGUGAUAGGUUGAUUAAAAUAAUAAGAUCAAGAGUUGUGGAUUCUCCUGCAAAUGAAGAUGGGGGUACAAGGCCAAGGGAUAUACACAACACGAUUCUUGCAAGUGGCUCACCUGAGCUCUGCAGUGCUGCUGUUAUGGAGGCAAAAAAAUGGUUGCUGGAAAAGAAGUCUGGAUUAGAUUCAAAUUAUGAUUUAGGUUAUGGAAGUCAUAGUUUGAAUUUGAUUGCACCACCACAAGCUCCCAAAGAUGAAGGAUCGCCUGUGGAUGUGGCUAAGUCAUAUAUGCGAGCCCGCCCUCCAUGGGCAUCUCCGUCUGUAGACCAUACCAAGCCUUCAACACUUUCCGGAAUUCAACUCUUUAAAGAAGAAACACCACAUCUAUUUGGUGGCAAUUCUACGUCAUCCUCCAAGUUUAAAAGGGAUUCUUCUGCUACUGGGUCAUGGAGUAUUAAGGAUGAAAUAAGAAGAGUUAGAUCCAGGGCAACAGAGGAGAUGCUUAGAACAGUUCCCUCCUCAAAAAUCGAUUGGUCUGCAUUUGCUGCGGAGCAUAAAAGUAAUGUAAACUCAUCUGCAAUUGAAAAUAUUGGAAGUAGUUUGGGAGAAAAAGUACAUAAUUUUUCAAAUUUAGUAGAUAAAUCUGCAAACCUGGGCAGUGGAUUGGGUUCUCAGGCCUCUCCAGACUUGCAGAAUAAACUGGAUGGACACCAACCUGAAUCUGUGCUUCCUGAACCAACUAAUAUUAUUUCUGAACAGAAUCAGGGCUUUGUAGCUGUUCAGAAGACCAAAGGUACCCAAGAUGACCGCAAAGAAACAACUACUUCAGUACUAAGAGACGGGUCCUCAGAUAACUUGCACAGGGAUGGUGGUCUUGUUAAAGUCAAUGGCAUGAACGACACAAAUGAGUCUAAGCAUCAGUUAGACCCAGUUGAAGAAAAUAGGGAAGUUUUAAAUUCUAGAUUGCAAGAUGGAAAUCUCUCAGAAUUCAAAGAGAAGUUUGGAGCAGAAGAUGCAUCGUCAAAUGGAUUUCCUUCAUCAGGGCCCAGUGUCUAUCCAGGGAAGGUCACCGAACAGAACUCUAAAACAUUGAAUAAGGAACCAAGUACAGUCGAUUCAAGUCAGGAGAGGAUAGCUCAGGGUGUUCUUGAGCAAGAGACUUGUAAAAUGUCGCACGGAUCUAGUGAGGUGCCUGAUGUGAGUGUAGACAAUACUGUUGCUUUCAAAGAUGACGGUGUUGCUACUGGGUCACAGAACAGCUCCAGUGUACAGUAUGAGGUUCAACAGAACAGUUCUCAGCAAGGUUCAGAAUUAGGUUUGGCAGCCACACCAUCUAGUAUUGCUAAGCAAAAGGGUAAAAGAUUGACUAGAUACAACAGAAGGGACAGGAGCAGGGGUGCCAAAUGAUGCAGGUUGUAUUUUGUAUGUUAAAUUGUAAGUUACCGCUAGCUUGAAAAUAGGGAUUAUGCAGGUCAUUUGUUGAGGUUAAUAAUGUUCACAAAUGAGCCUACAUCAAUUUAGGCAGUAUUUUUAAUUCAUUUGCUUUCUGUUCUUUGGUGUUUACAUCCACGGAAAUUGAGCUCAGGGAACUGAAUGUAUUAUCUGUAAAAAUGUUGAAUUAGUGACAUGGAAGUUCUUAUUUUCCUAUUUAACUAACUGAUGGAUUUGCAUGCACAAGCAUGUGCAACCUGAAUGGUGAAACUGGCCCUUGACAGUCAGGCUUCAUGGGGGUCCUCCAUCACAAGCCAUGAUCAGGACUUGGGCGGUUAGAAUUUGCACUUCACUGCACAACAGAAGGUAAAGUAGUUGAAGAUGAUAAUAAUAUGUAAGGAUGCUUGUUAGUGUCUGUGUGACGAUGAUAAUAAUGUGUAAGGAUGUUUGUUUGUGUGUUUGUGGCGAAAGGUCACUUGAUUUAAUUGUAUUAUUUUUUAUUUUA